AUGCCAAUUGAUCUGGAGCUCCUACAGAAGAUCGAGAGGCAGCGACAGCGGCUUGAGGAUGGCCUUCGAGCACCAGGCGUAGAAGCAUCACCGGCCAAGAAGGAGGGCGCAUCCUUUGCCGCAACUACACCUCCAUCAUCUGAGGAGUUGUCUAGCAGCUUUGUCACGCCUAGCAGCAGGUCCUCGGGAUCCACCCCCGAGCUCGGCAGCUACCGUCUGGUGGAGGGCCGCUGCGAGGCUGUCCAGAGGAUCUCUGCAUUGGACUUGGAGGAAAAGGAGCAGCAGCCAGAGAUGCUGGAGGAGGAGGAGAACGAGAAAGACAUGCUUCGCAUGACCCUGCAACGCCUUUGGCAAGCCAGCGAGCCCGAGGCAAGCCUUGCAGCCACUGCGCAGAUACGUCUAGGCAAUGCCUGCGCUAGGUCCGUCUCUCGUGAUCUUUCUCCAGUGGACGAGACCAAGGUGAUGGCUUGGCGGCCGCAACCGAGUCCCAAAGGCCCUGCAGGCCGGAGACGACGUCAAGACAAGCAAGGUGUUUCAAACCCACGCUCCUUGCCAACAAGUGCGCCCAAGAAGGCGGAGGUGCCCUCAUCGCGACAUGGAGGUGCAGUGAAAGGCCAGAAGGCCCCCAGUGGGACUUCCACUGAGCUGCAGCUUCGACGCCUUGGCAAGGAGUUGGCGGCCGAAGGUCAGCGCUUUCGGCAACAAGGAAAGCUAUGUUUUGAAUUGGCUGUGCGCGCAGAGGCAUUGCAUUCAGAGGUUCGUGUACAGCAGCAGCAUGCUGCAAGAGAGCGAGAGGCUCAGCGAGCCACUGGUCGUUUGUGCCAGGGAAACGUCAUUUCAGCCUGGCCUAAAAAGGAAAUGACAACGAGCUGUGAGUGUGAUGGAUGA